AUGGGUCAUCGAAUCGUCUCUGGCGGCUGUCACCCAGCAGAGCGGAAAAAUGGUGACUUUGCGGCUCUCCGACGGCUGUCACCUGACGGAGAGGAGCUAGAUGGAGGUGGGGCGCGUGUUAGGGAGCUUCAUCCUCAGGUCCGCGUAGCAAGAGGAGGCUCUUCAUCGCAUCUGGUACACUCUCAGGAGGUGGCGACUCGUCUCCCGGCGGAUCGUCCUCUUCCCGAUGAUGGCUUAUUCGUUGAUCAAUCAGAGAUGAUUUACUCGAUGGAUUCGCGAUCCUUUUAUCGCAAAUCGUUCAGCAAUUUUAAUAACAAUGCUCCGCGAAUCGCGUUGAUGAGAUUUUCAUCGAUGAUCUAGUGAUUUUGGUUGCUUAAUCCUUCAUCAGCGAUUUGCAGGAAAGUCGCGAUAAUCAUAUAAAAAUAUGAAUUUUGGCUCUGGGAGGAUUCGAACCCGCGCCGGUUGCCCCGCCCCUUCUGGGAAGGUGGGGUUUAGUCCCACAUCGGUUGUGCGCUGAAUUUUUGGACGAAUAUAUAGUAAUGUUAGAUCUAUAAGUAAGUCCCUUUCUCACACAUGUACGACCACUCCUUGCCCCACAGCUAGCUGGCCACUGGUGACGUGGAUGGGGAGUGGCGCACACGUGCCCUAUCGGUCCAAGCCGCUCGAGCCCCUACUCGCGGCUCCUCCCCGACUACGCUUCCGACCCGCUUGUGGGCCCGGCUGGCCGGCGGGUCCCUCCCAUUUUACAAUAUUUUUAUUUUUAUUUCUUUUUCUUCAUUUAUCUCAAAAGUAAGACUGUAAAAAUCAUAUAAAUUCGUAUAAAAUCACAUAAUUACCUCAAAAUUCACGUUAAUCAACUGAAAACCACUUUUCACACUUUAACACAAAUAUAAGUCUAUUUAUCAUGAGUUAAGGCUAAAACUAUAUUAUUUACUAAUUAUUAACUCAUGAUAAUGAAGACUUAUCACCCGCCAGCCAACCGAGCCCACAAGUGGGUCGAAAGCGCAAUCGGGGAGUAGUCGCGAGCAGGGGCUCGAGUGGCUUGAAUCAAUAAGGGGCACGUGUGCGUCACUCCUCUUUUACAUCACCAGUGGCUAGCCGGCUAUGGGGCAAGGAGUGGUCAUACACGCGCGAGAAAGGGACUUGAUUAGAAAUGUAAUAUUACUAUAUAUUCGUCAGAAACUUCGGCGCACAACCGAUGUGGGACUAAACCCGUGUCACCUUCCCCAGAAAGGGCGAGCAACCGGCGUGGAUUCAAAUCCUCCCGGAGCCAAAACUCAUAUUUUUUAUUUGAUUAUUGCAACUUUCUUGCAGAUCGCUGGUGAAGGAUUAAGCAACUAGAAUCGCUGGAUCAUCGGCGAAAAUCUCGUCAACACGAUUCGCGGAGCAUUGUUACUAAAAUUGCUGAACGAUUCGCGAUAAAAGGAUCACGAAUCCAUCAAGUAAAGCAUCUUUGAUUGAUCGACGAACAAGCCGUCGUCGGGAAGAGGACAAUCCGCCGGGAGACGAGUCGCCACCUCUUGAGAGCGUACUAGAUGCAAUGAAGAGCCUCCUCUUGCUACACAGACCUGAGGAUGAAGCUCCCUAACACGCACCCCACCUCCAUCCAGCUCCUCUCUGUCAGGUGAUAGCUGUCAGAGAGCUGCAAAGUUGCCGUUUUUCCGCUCCGCCGAGUGACAGCCACCGGAGACGAUUCGACGACCUAUUUCAUUGAUCUCUAGACUUCACAAGGAGAUCUAGAGAUGCCCAUAUCGUCCUUGUCCAAGGAGAGCCUUCAAGGCCAUGGACACUGCACGACGAUCCUCUCGAACGCUCAGGAUUCCGGUACAUUGCUGACGCAUCGCCGCCGCGACGCCGGAACUCUAUUUUCCUACUUUCCACUUAAUUUUUACUUUAUUUAGUGAUAAUUUAUUGAUUUUAAAUUUACCAACCAAUACUUCACUCAAUUACGAUUCUUCUGGCUUUUAUAAAUCUUAAUUUGAUCAAUUAAAUUGUCUGUAAUUGCUUAAGUAAGAAUCGUCGGGCAAAACUCUAUUUUCGUCUGAUUCGUAUUCGUCGGGCGCUGAUGUCAUCCUGAUGUCCACACCCUUAUUUCCCUUUUUUGUGAAUUUUAAAUAUAUUUCCUUUCCAUGUUUUAGUAUAAAAUUCAUAGAAAAUAGUAUUCUUUGAGAAAAAUUCUGAAUAAUUACCAGAUAUUAUAUUACAUCCUUGUGAUCGACCUGAAAAAUUACCGCUAUUUUUUAAAUUUAUAUUGAAUUAUAAUUGAUAUAUUUGCUCAGAAAUACUUCUAAAUAUCUAAAAGUUCGUAUUUUCUAGUUUUAUAAAUUUUAAAUUUGCGUGAUUUACUAUACAACGACUGAGUCACGUUAAUAUUCAUCUUGGCCACCGAUGCCAAGGUCUCACUGUAGUUAAUUUUGAGUUUUUGGGUGUAUCUUUGAUGACUAAUCAUGUCUUAUACCUUUCCAUCGGUGCAUUGGGGUUAUAUAUAAUGAUAAAUACCCAUUACCACCUACAAUCCUUUUAUAUUUAAGGAGUUUAACUAAUUUCUAUGUAUCAUUCUUAAUUAAUGACUCAUUUCUACCUCCAUAACCUUUCGACUCUAAAUUGUUCAAGGCAUUAGAAAGUGUAGUUAGGAUGAGAAUAUAUCCUAAAUGUUUCAAGAAAUAAAGAGUGUGCAAUAGAUAAUUGAAGCAAAGAUAAUAAUUAUGCAAAUAAUUUAUUUUAUUAUUAUUAAUAUCAUGACAAAUUAACAAGCAUAUCGAGUUUUCUUGUUGUUUUGAUGGAGGAUCUGAUUUAGACUCAUGAAUUAGAGCUCUCCUUGGAUUUGUGCAUGAGUUUUGUUCUCUCUUCCUUUUACUAUAGGUCUAUACAAACCUUCUUUUUAAAUUCUACUUUCUUGACUCCACCUCAUCAAAAGGAAAUAAAUAGCUUCCUUGAGAUGUGGUCUGAUCACUCCCCUUUUCUAGAGGUGGAGAAUCCUUAGAAUUAAGUUCUGAUUUGUAUUUUAAGAAUUUUCAUCUUCAUUGAAGGUGACAUCUUGAGUAAUGUAAAAUUUUUAAUUUUUAAGGUCAUUAUUUAUAACCCUUUUGUGUUACUAAAUAUACUAAGAGUAUGCAUUAAAGUGCUCUUUGAUCAAGUUUUUUGCCAUAUAAAUAUAUGUACAAAACACACAAAAACACUGUGUGGAAAGUUAGUUUUGAGUUUUGCUCUAUAAAUGUGAGAUUUUAUGGCCUCUAUUAGAUAGGUAGUCGUAAGUAAAGCCUCCCCUCAUAAAUGAUUUAGGAUAUUCCCUUGAAUAAAAAGAGUCUUGGUCACUUCUAAUAAGUGUUGGUCCUUUUCUACAAUUUUAUUUUGUUCUAAAAUGUUUACACAAUACAUCUCAUGAACUAUUCUAUUUGUUUGAAAGAAUCGGACUAAAUCUUUGUUAAUAUAGUCCUUGGCAAUAUUAAAUCUAAAAUAUUUAAUAGUAAUGUUGAAUUGUUGUUUCACUAUUUGAAAGAAAACAUUUAAUUUUUUCAUUACUUCUAAUUUGUGACUCAUCAAGUCCACUCAUGUUAUCGGAUUUAAUCAUCUAUGAAAAUAAUGGAUCAAUGAUAUUCAUAAGUAGUGAAUAUUUAUGUUGGUACCAUCACAUUACUAUGAAUGAGAUCAAAAGGUCAAGACAUUUUGAGUUAGAAGAAAGAUAAAUUGAUCUUCUAUACUUAGUUAAUUGACAUGUCUCACAAAUAAAAUUAUUGUCAUCAAGUUCAUUACAUAAAUUCAGAUACAAAUUCCUAAGAGUCAUAAUAGAUGGGUGUCUUAGGCAUCAGUGAAUCAAAGACAAUUGGUCCUUUGACAUGUGACUCUUCUUAGAUUUCACUUUUUGGGUCACCUCUAUUACUUGAGUUAUUCAUGGGUGUUCUUUUUUCAUUCCUCUAAUUCUUCCUAUAUAAUAUUAGUUUUCUCUUUCUUUAGUGUUGACAUGAGAGGGAAAAAUCUUAGAAUUCAUAUAACCUCAAGAUAGAAUACAUGAUUGUUACAUAGAAAAGAGGAGUGAGGAGAGAUGAGAGAUGAGAGAGAGAGAUAGAUAAUAGACCAUAGUGGGUUGAGAGUUUGAUACCACUAUCGAAUAACUCCCCCUUAGGUUGAAGCAUAUAAGUUAAACAUACUCAAGUUGGUACACGUAACAUUAUAAAAGAUGCCUGCCAUACUCUUUGUGAAGAUGUUCAUAAGCUGAUGAGAUGAUGCCACAUGAGGAAACGGGCAAACUCUUGCUGCCAAGGCCAGACAGUGGCAGUGCCUGCGAUGGCAAUGGUGAGGGUUGGGGCGUGAUGACAAGAGCGUGAUGGUGAGGGCGUGACGGCAGCAGUGACGCCCUCGGCACCUGAGAGUGAUGGCACCUACAAUGGGCUGAUAGCGAGGGCGCAAUGGCGAGGAGGGGCCUUGACGUGACUUAGUCGUUGUAUAUUAAAUAACACAAAUAUAACAUUUAUAAAACUAGAAAAUAUGAAUUUUCAGAUAUUUAGAAGUAUUUCUAAAUAAAUUUAUCAAUUAUAAUUCCAUAAAAAUUCAAAAAAAUAGCAGUAAUUUUCCAAGUCGAUCACAGGGAUGUAAUAUAAUAUUUGGUAAUUAUUCAGAAUUUUCUUCAAAGAAUACUAUUUUCUAUGAAUUUUAUACUAAGAAAUGAAAAGGAAAUAUAUUUUAAAUUCAUGAAAAAAAGGAAAUAUAUUUUAAAUUCAUGAAAAAAAAGGAAAUAAGGGUGCGGAUGUUAGGAUGACAUCAGCGCCCGGCGAACGUGAAUCGGGCAGAAAUAGAGUUCCGCCUGACGAUUUUUACGUAAGCGAUUACAGACGAUUUAAUUAAUCAAAUUAAGAUAUGUAAAAGCCAAAAGAAUCGUAAUAGAACAAAGUAUAUUUUGGUAAAUUAAAAUCAUGAAAAGUAUCACUAAAUGAAGCGUAAAGUAAGUUAAAAGCAGGAAAACAGAGUUCCGACGUCGCGACGGCGAUGCGUCGGCGAUGCACCGGAAUUCUGAGUGUUCGGGAGGAUCGUCGUGCAGUGUCCAUGGCCUCGAAGGCUCUCCUUGGACAAAGACGAUGUGGGCAAUCUCUAGAUCUUCUCGUGAAGUCUAGAGAUUAAUGAAAUGGGUCAUCGAGUCGUCUCCGGCAGCUGUCACCCGGCAGAGCGGAAAAACGGCGACUUUGCGGCUCUCCGGUGGCUGUCACCCGACGGAAAGGAGCUGGAUGGAGGUGGGGCGCGUGUCAGGGAGCUUCAUCCUUAGGUUCGCGCAGCAAGAGGAGGCUCUUCAUCGCAUCUGGUACACUCUCAGGAGGUGGCGACUCGUCUUCUGGCGGAUCGUCCUCUUCUCGACAACAGCUUGUUCGUCGAUCAAUCGGAGAUGGUUUACUUGAUGGAUUCGUGAUCCUUUUAUCGCGAAUCGUUCAGCAAUUUUAGUAGCAAUGCUCCGCGAAUCGCGUUGACGAGAUUUUCGCCAAUGAUCCAGCGAUUCUCAUUGCUUAAUCCUUCACCGACGAUCUGCAGGAAAGUCACGAUAAUCAGAUAAAAAUAUAUGAAUUUUGACUCUGGGAGGAUUUGAACCUGCGCCGGUUGUCCGCCCCUUCUGAGGAAGGUGUGACGCGGGUUUAGUCCCACAUCGGUUGUGCGCCUAUUUUUCGGACGAAUAUAUACUAAUGUUAGCUUUCUAAACAAAGUUCCUUCUCUCGCGUGUACGACCACUCCUUGCCCCAUAGCCGGCUGGCCACCGGUGACUUGGAAGGGGAGUGGCGCACACGUGCCCCUAUCAGUCCAAGCCGCUUGAGCCCCUGCUCGCGGCUACUCCCCGACUGA